AAACUAAGAAACUACACUCUAGGCCUGAUCGUAAAUGUACUAGUUAUGGGCCUCACUUUCAUUUCUUCCACAAUGAAAAGAUCAAAACAAAAUCAACAUUUACGACAAGGGUUUCUCAUAACUAACGAGUAAUCACGAGCUAUCAAAAAAGAAGAAAAAUCAUUUGAAGUUUCUCUAGCGUUCAGACAAAAUUCACAUUCAUUUCACAUGCAGCAUUGUCCUUGAAGCUCAGAUGUUUGGCAGGAUAUUUUCACAGUAUAAUGUCUACUUCACCUGCAAAAGCCACUUGGAACCCUGCAUUCCAUAAAGUAUUUGUCGGGUUAUGUCUGCGAGAAGUGUUGAAAGUGAACGAGCCUGGGGCGCGGCUUACUAAGGAGAGUUGGUGGAGCAUUGUUGAAUCCUUUUACGAAAAGACUGGUGUGACGUACGACAAGAAACAGUUAAAGAAUCACUAUGAUUCCACCAGGAAAUUAUGGAAGGUUUGGGAUAAGUUGACUCGCGAUAGUAGCAUGAAAUGGGAUCCGGAAACUAGUAAGUUUGAUGCUUCUGAGGAAGAUUGGUGCGAUUAUGUAAAGGAUAACCCGGAAGCUGCACAAUUUCAGUCUAAGGAAAUUCAGUUUAAAGACGAAUUGGAUAUUAUCUUUGAUGGAGAAAUGCCGCCUGAGGAAAUUAAAAAUUCGAUACGUGUUAAGUGGCAGGACAAUGCUAGAGCUGCAUCUUUGCACGGAAAAGGGCGUGGGAGGAAGCGGAAGAGUGUUGUUAGGGAUUAUGAAUUAGAUACUUCUGAUGUUGUUAAUUCGACACUAAGUCCAAAAGCCUCGUGGACACCUGCAUACCAUAAAAUAUUUGUGGAGUUAUGUCUUGAUGAAACUUUGAAGGGGAACAAAGCUGGGUCACAUUUUACCAAGGUGGGCUGGAGGAAUAUUAUGGGAUACUUUUAUGCAAAGACAGGUGUGAGAUAUGACAAAAGACAAAUUAAGAAUCACUACGAUUCAACCAGAAAACAAUGGAAAAUCUGGGUUAAAUUGAUUGGUGACGAUUUCAUGAAAUGGGACUCAAGAACCAAUAAGUUUGGUGCUUCAGAGAAAGAUUGGCUCGAUUAUCUUAAGGAAAACCCAGAAGCUGCACAAUUCCGCUUUAAGGAAAUCCCAUUUCCCGAGAAAUUGGACAUCAUCUAUGGCGACAGUAUACAAACCGAGGAAAUGCGACCGUCAUCUAGUAGUGAGAAACAGAAUGAUGAUUCAGGAACUACAUCUCCUUUAUAUGGAAAGCGAGCGAAGAAAUAUAAGAGUGUUGAUAAGGAUUUUGACUUUAAGAGUGCUAUUUUGGUUAAUGCUACACCAAUCAGUGCAAUUGCAAGUGAGCAAAGCAUUUCAUGUUCAUCACAUCCUAAGGUCAAAGCCACAUGGACCCCUUUAUUGCAUAAGACCUUUAUUGAUCUAUGUCUGCAGGAGACACUAAAUGGAAAUAAGCCCGGGACACAUUUUACUAAGGAAGGUUGGAAGAAUAUUAUGGAUUCAUUUCAUUUGAAAUCUGGUUUGAAUUAUGGCAGAUUACAAUUUAAGAAUCACUGGGAUUCUACAAAGGAACAAUGGAGAACAUGGUCUAAGCUUGUUUCCACUAGUUACAUGAAAUGGAAUCCGUCUAAGCAUACGUUUGAGGCCAGUGACGAAGAUUGGACUAGCUAUUUACAGGCAAACCCAGAAGCUUCCCAAUUUCGCUAUAAGGAAUUACAAUUCCCCGACGCAUUGGAAACCAUCUUUAAUGGUACUACUGUUACAGGGGAGACAGAACCUGCUGUGCAACAGAAGAAAAGUGAUGACAGCGUUAAUACUUUGCCUUUGCACACAAAAGGACCAGAUGUAACCAGCUCAGAUGAGAAGACUGAAUGUCUUUGUGAUGCUGUUGCAUCAAGGAAUGGUGUGAAUAUUCAAAAGAAUGCCUUCUCAAUUUCGUCUGCUAAAGGAAAUCGCAGUUAUAGUAUUGGUGAAUGCAUUGAAUGUCUUGAUGGAAUGGAAGAUGUAGAGCAAGGAAGUGACCUGUAUUUGUUUGCUCUAGAUGUGUUCCUUAGGCAGGAACAUAGGGAAAUUUUUCUCCAAUUGAAAAAGCCUAAUCUGAGGAUCUCAUGGUUGCAGCGACUUCAGUCUGUUGGUCAGUCCUCACUCUAGGUUUUUUGUCUAUCAUCAUCGUCGUCAUUGUUGUUGUUGUUUUUUUUUCUUCAUUUUUUUCAUAAUAUUUAAUAGUGCUGUUCAUAGUCAAGUGUUUAAGUUUUGGUCUGCUCCUUCCACGAUGAUGAUAUUGUGGUAAGCUUACUUGGAAGGUUAGAAAUGUAUUUAGUGGAUUUUAUCUCCCCUUCCCUUGUUUAGCAAUCCUCUUAAGUCUUAGUAUUUUAACACUGUUUUAUUGUGGCUACUUUACAGUUUGUAUGAGGUUAACUGUCAAAUAGAGUACUUAUCUACAAUCUGAUUAUGUCAUUUUCGGUAA